AUGUGUCAACUUAAGAAAAUCCAGAGGAUCUGGCGGAGGAUCUGGCGAAAUUCUGAAGCCGCCUUUCUCACCGCAUCAGAGAUUGUUGACGCUCGCUUUGCGGUCAUUCGUAUGAUUCAAGCACAACAUUCUUCUUCAGAAAUCUCGUUGUUAAAUUCUGAGGGAAUUUUACUUAAAGGAAAUCUGCUUAGAAAACUGAAACCCUUUGUGCGAAAGAAUCCUCCAAUUUUACCUUACUCAUCAGCCCUCAGUCGUACCUUCGUUUGCUAUGGCCACCUUUCCUCUCGGCUUGGUGGCCCCAUACUAAAGCUAAGUUUCUUGCUUCGACAUACAUGGAUUUUGGGUAGAUCACGACUAGUUAAGCUUGAAGUAAGAAAUUGCCUAACAUGUCAACGUGCUGAACCCCGCUUAGCAUCUCAAUUAAUGGGCAAUCUACCAAAGGACCGAGUCACGCCGUCUCGAUCCUUCAACAUCUCUGGCUUGAAUUAUGCUGGACCGAUUCAAGUGCGAAAAACAAAGGGAAGUCGGCAUCGCUCAUACAAAGGUUACAUCGCUCUCUUCGUAUGCUUUGCAACUCGUGCAACUCAUCUGGAAGUCGUAAGUGACCUAACUACGACUUGCUUUUUGGUUGCUUUUCACCGAUUUAUCGGUAGACGAGGGAUUUGCCGGCGACUCUAA